AUGUCAAACUACAACAAUUGCAACAUACCUCACAAUCAAGAAUAUUUCAAUAAUUACCAACAUAUUAUGGAUCCAAACGCAGGUGGAUCUUACGCCUUUAUGGAUCAAAGGCAAAUGCUUCGCGAACAGCAGCAACAGCAGCAGUAUCCAUGCUAUCCAACGAAUACAAACACAAUGCAUCGGCCUUACGCAUUCAACGUGAACGCCAGCGAAUUUGUGCCAAGCCGUAAUCAUCAACAUAUGAACGCGUUGCCAGCUCAAUUCAUGUAUGAGAGUUAUGUGCCACCGCAUCCUCAGCAAUACCAUCAUUUACAGCAAUACUACCAGCAAUUCCCAGCGCACCAUCACGCUCCGCAACCGUAUCAUCCGCAACAAAUAAUGUAUCAGGAUGAGCAGAGUGGAAUUGAAGCAUUGGCGCAAUAUGGACAACAAUCUGAAUAUUAUAGUCCAUCGAUGGAGAUGCAAGAAAGGAUUGCUAGAUGUCCGAAUCCAGCGAUCAUUCAUGAGAUCCUGGUCGGAUGCGAACAGCUGCUUCUGGAAGGCGAAGACGAUUCGAACACGUGGACCACGGCGAUCCGGCAACGAUUUGACGAUUCCAAAAUGGAUAUUGAAUCAAAGAAAGUGGCGACCGGUCUGAUCAUUGAAAUUGCUUAUUCAACAUCGACCAACCAAACUGUUGAUCCGCAGUACACUUUUGCGACGCUUCUCCAGACGCUUUCCAAAGAUAUGGAAUAUACAAAGACAGCUUUACUACCAUGCUUAGAAGAAAAUCAUCGGCAGAGGAGAAACCUGACGAACGACGAAAAGAUUCGAUUAGUGAUCUUUUUUGCCGAAGUUUACUUGAAAGUCACUUUGGAAAAUGGUAGUCGCAUUGAGAAAUUUGCCAGUGCGGUGUGCGAUCAGUUAGAUGACAUUGUUCGGCUACCACCGUGUGAUGAAUUCAUGAAAGGUUUGAUGAGAGUGCUUAAAGUAGCCGGAGCCGAACUCGAUGAAAAUCAUCGGGAACGGAUCGAUGAAUUGCUGACCAAAAUGGGCGGCUUCGCGAACGGAAGUCAAAAGAUUAGCCAAGUGGUUAAAGCCCAAAUUGAGUCUUUAAUCAAAUGCCGCGAACGAGGAUGGGAUCGAAUCCCGCAGCCGAGAAUUCCGUUUCCUUCGUAUAAUGCGUUGAAUGAGGAUGAUUUGGACGAAUAUGGGCUCGAAUUGACUGAAGAUGAGAAUAAGUUCAUUGAGAGUCAAAUCGACGCGCUUACCACCACAAAUGAAGGAGAUGAUGAUAACGAGCAGAUCGAUGAGAAUGAUGUAAUGAAAGAGUUUGGAAAAUUUGUUGAUGAGGAACUUAAUAGAUCGACUGAAGCAGAGAACGUUGAAAUUUUUGCCAAGUUGCAAAUUUCUGACGCCGCUGAAUCUGAAGCAAAAAAAGAAAUUCCGUCUGCUGAUGUCUCUGAGACGAACGAGAAAUCUCAAUGUUCGGAAAACCAAUGA